UUUUUUUUUUUUUAAUUUUUUUUUUUGUCGAUGCAAACGUGGUACUUUUGUGAGGAAUUCAUAGUAUAUAAUCUGACUAAUUUAAUUACUAUGUUCUGCUGAAAUGAUAAGCACAUUUUCUACGAACCUGUACUGGACCAAAACCUAGAGUAACACUAGCUAGGUUCUAGAAAUGUGUCCAACAACCGUAUCAACUAAUCCAAAUAAUUUAUUGGAAAUUUUUUAGUAUCUCUAAGAAUGAAACUUACAAAGUAAAAGAAGCAUAUAUAUAAAUUAAGUAGUGUGUAAGCUCACAGACGCAACCAGAAAAGCCAUGACUUUUUUUGGAAAACAUCAUUUUCAUCUAAAAUUACCCAGCUCUUUCUCUCUUGAGAUUCUCUCUGUCUCUCUCUUUAUAUUUAAAGAGAUAGAUGGAUUUGAAAAGAGAGAAUUAAACAUAGUAACCUAAUAAAGGAGAACAAAAAGAAUGGAAAGAGGGAGAGAAAUAGGAGAAGGAAGCGCAUCGUCGUUAAGGGAACAACGAAACCUCAGAGAGAAAGAGCGACGAAUGCGCAUGAAACAUCUCUUCUCUGCACUCUCUUCUCAUGUUUCUCCCACUCGUAGGUUGCCAGUGCCUCAACUUAUAGAUCAAGCGGUAUCAUACAUGAUCCAAUUGAAAGAGAAGGUAAACUAUUUGAAUGAGAAGAAAAUGAGUUUGUUAAGAGGAGAAGUCAAAAAUCGCUCUGCAGGGUCGUCUCUUCUGCCAAAACUCAGUAUUCGUUCACGGGAUUCGGUCAUAGAAAUGAAUCUGGUUAUGGAUCUAAACAUGAAAAGAAUAAUGCUACACAAGCUUGUGAGUGUUUUUGAAGAAGAAGGAGCUCAAGUAAUGAGUGUUAAUCUUCAGAACUUGAAUGAUAGGACCUUCUAUACAAUCAUAGCCCAGGCUAUUAUUUGUAGGAUCGGGAUUGAUCCAUCAAGGAUAGAAAAGAGACUAAGGGAUAUAAUCUCAUGAUUAAUUUUUUGAAGCAUUUUUAAAUCCCAAUUAAAUCACAAGU